AUGCCAUCCUCGGUCAGUCUUCCCCCCAUUGCUCAGCACAAUCCAGCAAUCCAUGUUUCCAAUCCAACGCAAACUGCAAUUCCUUCCAUUCCAUUGGCUGAAUUGCCACUACGACCUUCGACAUUGUCAUUACUAAAAAAGAGAGGCUUUGUCACCACGGCCGAAUUGGAAGAUGCCCGCGUCAAUCAAGGUAUGGCCACAUUGGCCGCCGAAUUGGAUUUGUCGCUCCAAGACACUGCCAAUCUCUUGGUGGAAAUUCAAGGUUGUUUGAGAAUCAAUGGCGAUGAAGACAGUGGCAACAAUAACAAUAACAAUCAAGCAGCAACAGCAAAUACAUCCAUUGAUACAUCGGUCGCCAUUCCUCCCAUUUCCAAUGCCCGCUUCUUACUCGAAACCAGUGAGAAUGAUCGAAAUCACAUUGUCACCUUUUGCCAAGACAUUGAUCAACUCUUGGGAGGGGGGAUUGCAUUAGGACAACUCACCGAAAUUGCAGGUCUACCAGGAACCGGCAAGACCCAAUUGGCCAUGCAAUUGGCCGUCUUGAGCAGAUUGCCCAAACUCUUUGGUGGUGUUGGAGGCAAGACACUCUAUAUUGAUACGGAAGGAAGUUUUGCACCGGAACGUUGUGCUCAAAUGGCCACUGCCUUGAGACAACACAUUCAAGGAACCAACAAGUACAAGCAAUCUAUACAGCAGCAACAACAGUCUUUGCAACAACAUGAUAUUCUUACCGAACGAGACAUUUUGGAAUCCAUUCAAGUCUUUUCCGUCCAUGACGAAGCCUCUCAAACGGCGACCCUUCAGAAUUUGCCACAAUACCUGGAAGAUACUAGUAAUGAUACAGUGCCCGUCAAACUGAUUGUCAUUGACAGUGUCGCCUUUCAUUACCGGGCCAUGCUGCCAACCACGAAUGCCAAGUCCAAAUCGUCCAAAUCGAAUAGCUACCAGUAUUAUGGACAGCGAACCAAGUCCUUGAUUAGUUUGGCGGGAUUUCUAGCGGAUUUGGCACGACAGUACCACUUGGCGGUAGUCUGUGUCAAUCAAAUGACUACCAAAAUUGGUAUGCAAGGAGGGGGCAACAACACAAGCAACAACAACAACAACUCGGUCUUGGUACCAGCCUUGGGGGAGUCGUGGGCACAUGCCAUUACCACUCGACUACUACUCUCGCAACAUCAACAAAACGGUGGUAGUGACAGCAAUCGACAAUUGCGGACGUGUCAGCUAGUCAAGUCGCCACAUCGACCUUCGGGGAUGGCACACUUUCAAAUACUGCCCCAAGGAAUACGAAGGGCCAAGACGAUUAGCAUUGCUAGAACAAGAAAUAUAAGUAGCAGUCAGGGCAAUUCACAAGCAUCCCAACAACCUCCAAGUCAAUACCAGCCACCAGCGCCACCACCAAGACAUCAUCGACGACCCAUUCAAAAGCAAACGACGCCACUCGCACCACCACCACAGCAGUCGCUACGUCGACCAUUGCAGCCACACAAUCUCAAGACUCCUCCAUCCUAUUCUAUCAGUACUACUUCUGCUGCUGCUGCUGCUGCUGCUGCUGCUACGCCAACAAUGCCUCCUUCACGAGGGAAUAACAAUGCUCCUCGUCGACAUCAUCAUCCACAACAUCAUCCACAUCGCCAUCCCUACCAGAAUCCCUACCAGCAUAACAACAGCACCAACAACAAUGGAAAUUACAAUCGGGUACCCAUUCCUACUCCACCACCCAAUGGAGUACCGCCGCUCCGACAACCACCCAAUCAUCAUCAUCAUCAUCAAAAUGUUGUUCGAUCCACGCCCAACCAUGCUAAUGCUGCUGGGACCAAUCAUUAUAAUCCAAAAAAUGAUGGUGUUGGCAGCAGCAACAACGACAACAACAACCACAACCACAACCACAACAACAACAACAACAACACUCCUCAAAACCAUCAAAAUCAGCGCAUGGUAACGCCUCAUCCAACUUCCAAUCCACCAACAACAAAAAUGAAUCAUCCGUCAUCCAAUCCACCCAGUCUCAAUGGUCUCAAACGAAGAAGAAUUUUGUGA